AGAGGCUCUGCCACUGCAAACCCAUCUCGCAGUCCAGACCCCCAGACCCGCAAGCAUUAGCCAUCCGGACCGAGGACACGCCGGGGAUCGGCGAACUGGACUCUUUACCAACAGCACAGUUACCUGCCCCUUUGUUAGUUAUAGUCAAGGGAAUCGCGUGCUUUAGUACUUUGUAACCAGCUGUUGAUUCAAAGUAGCCCACGGAAACAAAGACUCCACAGACACGGGCGAGCAACUGGACUGGUGGACCAAACGCUGCCGGAGGUUUAUUUCCAUAGCAAAUGUGGUUUUAAAGAACAACCGAUAGCUUGAUAAAUCGCCGGGGACACGUGUUAAGAUGGAUGUGAGGCUGCUCCUGAUUUCAGUUCUUCUGGGACUCAGCAGGGCACAGCUAGAUGGUAACGAAUGCACCAAAGCCUCGGCCCAGUCUUGUGGAGAAUGCAUUCAGGCCGGAGAAAAGUGUGGCUGGUGUACAGACGAGGACUUUCUAAAACAGGGAGAGCAAAAGUCCACACGGUGUGAUGAGAUUGAAGCUCUGAUUAAGAAAGGCUGUUCUAAAGCGAGCAUAGAAGAUCCUCGAGGAACUGUUACUGUCAACAAGAACCAGUCUUUAACAGAACGCCCAAAGGAUGGAGUAAAACUGAAGCCAGACCAGAUCACACAAAUUCAACCACAGAAACUCACCCUAAACCUCCGUUCAGGUGAAGCUCAGAAGUUCAAGCUGACAUUCAAGAGGGCCGAGGAUUAUCCCAUAGAUCUCUACUACCUGAUGGACCUCAGCUACUCGAUGAAAGACGAUUUAGAGAACAUCAAAAAACUGGGAACCGACCUUAUGUUGGAAAUGCAAAAGAUCACAUCCGACUUCAGGAUUGGCUUUGGCUCCUUUGUGGAGAAAACCGUCAUGCCGUACAUCAGCACGACACCAGCCAAGCUGCUAAACCCCUGCUCAUCAGAUCAGAACUGCACCAGCCCAUUCAGCUAUAAAAAUGUGCUGAGUUUGACUGCCGAUGGAAGACAGUUUAAUGACCUUGUGAGCAGACAGCAGAUCUCAGGAAACCUGGAUUCACCAGAGGGAGGGUUCGACGCCAUCAUGCAAGUGGCUGUCUGUGCGAACCAGAUUGGCUGGAGGAAUGUUACCCGUCUGCUAGUGUUUUCCACGGAUGCUGGAUUCCACUUUGCUGGAGACGGAAAACUGGGCGGCAUCGUGCUUCCUAAUGACGGGAAAUGCCAUCUGCAGGAUAACAUGUACACUAUGAGCCAUUACUAUGACUAUCCUUCGAUCGCACAUCUGGUUCAGAAAUUAAGCGAAAACAACAUUCAGACCAUUUUUGCUGUAACUGAAGAGUUCCAGCCUGUUUACCAGGAGCUGAAAAACCUUAUUCCAAAGUCAGCUGUGGGAACGCUAUCCUCUGACUCCGGCAAUGUGAUAAAACUCAUUAUUGAUGCAUAUAAUUCUCUGUCUUCCGAGAUCAUUCUGGAGAACAGUAGGCUCCCAGAAGGUGUGUCUAUCUCCUACAUCUCCCACUGCAAGAACGGAGUGAGCGAGAAGGGAGAAAAUGGGAGAAAGUGCUCCAACAUCUCCAUUGGGGAUCAGGUGACUUUUGAGGUAGCGGUCACGGCUAAAGGCUGUCCAUCUAAUGGCAAAUCAGAGACUAUAAAGAUCAAGCCGCUUGGCUUCACCGAGGAGGUGGAGAUCGUCCUCAACUUCAUCUGUGAAUGCGAGUGUCAUAAAAAGGGAAUCCCAAACAGCCCAGUGUGUCACUUUGGCAACGGUACUCUGGAGUGUGGAGCAUGCAGGUGCAAUGAGGGACGUAUUGGCAGAGUAUGUGAAUGUAGUAAAGAUGAGGUCAGAACAGAAGAUCUGGACGCAAACUGCCGCAUGGAUAACGGGACGGACAUCUGCAGCAACAAUGGAGACUGCGUGUGUGGAACGUGUGAGUGCAAGAAAAGAGACAACCCAGAGGAGAGGUACAGCGGAAAGUUCUGCGAAUGUGACAACUUCAACUGCGACCGCUCUAACAACAUGCUCUGCGGAGGUCACGGUCGCUGUGAGUGUCGAAAGUGUAUCUGUGAUGCUAACUACACAGGAAGUGCUUGCGACUGCUCUUUGGACACCUCAACCUGUCUGGCCAGUAACAAACAGAUCUGUAACGGUCGGGGCACCUGCGAGUGCGGCGCGUGUAAAUGUACGGAUACAAAGUUUCAGGGUCCAACCUGUGAAAUCUGCCCAACCUGCCCUGGAGUUUGUACCGAGCACAAGGAUUGCGUCCAGUGCAGAGCAUUUAAAACCAGCGAAAAGAACGACAUGUGUGACAUAGAAUGUAAUUACUUCACACUUAAAAAGGUGAAGAAGAAGGAGGAUCUUCCUCAGCCCAACGACCAGCCCUACAUCAAUCACUGCAAGGAGCGAGACGCUAACGACUGUUGGUUCUUCUUCACCUACGCUACCAAGAACGACAGCAGCGUUGAGGUCCAUGUAGCAGAUGAGCUUGAGUGUCCCUCUGGCCCUGACAUCAUUCCUAUCGUAGCGGGUGUGGUCGCCGGAAUCGUUCUGAUUGGUUUAGCACUUCUGCUCAUCUGGAAGCUGCUCAUGAUUAUUCACGACCGCAGAGAGUUCGCCAAGUUCGAGAAAGAGAAGAUGAAUGCCAAGUGGGAUGCGCAAGAGAACCCAAUAUACAAGAGCCCCAUUAAUAAAUUCCAGAAUCCAGGUUAUGGAAAUAAGGGCGUCACACUCUGAGGAGAGAACCCCAUUUACAAGAGUGCUGUGACGACGGUGGUCAACCCUAAAUACGAGGGCAAGUAAUGGAUGAGCCUGUCCAUCUUCAAGCAACACUGUAUGCAGAACAAUUCAAGAGAAACUGAAGAGUUGAAGUCCACUUUGUUAAUUUUCUCUUUUUGUGUGUGUGUUUUGAAAUCACAUUUUGGCCGUGCAUUUGCCACUGUUCAGUAUAAUCUAUUAACCUGUGUUUCUAUGCAUCGUUCUGAAACUGUACAGUAUGUAUAAACUUGAGUUUUUACUUUUUUAUGCAAUCUUAGACAAUAAUUUCAAUGUCCACAUUUGAUUUUUAGCCACAGAUCUGCUUUGUCUUUUGAAUGUUAAAACUGAUCAUGUUGGGUUAGAUGACAGGUUAUAAUGUGGUCAAGUAUGCAUGAAGAACGAAUAUCCACAAAGACUAGACUGGUUGCUCUUUAGAGCCAGUUUUGUGUCUUAUGGUGGUACAGGAAUCUUUCUGAACCUGUGGAUGGAGUGUCCUGUCACUGGUAUAGUAGGUAGCUGUAGCGGACCACUGCUGUUUGUACACAUGGUGCUUUUCAUGGAGACGCUUAUGUUGUCUGCAUAAUCCUGGAUGAUUUGAGUCCAGAUUCUAAUGUUUAGGUCUGUGCGACUGUUUCUUUGGUCCGCGCGUCAGAUGGUUUAUUGUGCACAUUGAUUUUAAUGAAUCUAAAACGGACAGGUUUAGUAUCUUUUUAAUUAUAUAAUACAAAAAAAAAUGUACAUUUGUUGUAAUUUCAGCUGCCGGGUGUUUGAUUGAAAUGCCUUUGACUUGGCAACAUCUGAGUUAUUAGAGGGACAUUUUCAUAUUUGUCUGUGAAUGGAACAAUCACCUUUAUUAUUAUUAUUGUAAUUGAAAACAUGAGUGUAAACUCGUAUGAAAAGAUCUUCAGGUUUUAGAUUUGUUUGAAGAAUGGGGAAAUGAAAACUCAGGUCCUGAAUUUCUCUCUUAUCACUGAUGCCAAAUAUUUACGUCUACUGUGCAAGAACUAUAUUCCAGAUGUGGAUUCACAUUUGAUUUUGUAAUUUAAUUUGUCCCUUUGUAACAUCAUUGUUCGUAAAUGAGACUAACUGCUCAGAUAGUUGUUGGUGAAGAUCAGUGUUAAAGAAAGAUAACUUGUUUUCUUUCCUUUUCAAUCAACUUUUUUUUUUUAAUCUCCAAAGCUUUUAAAAGCUUAAUCAUGUUACAUACACACAUUGCAUUUUAAAGUGCCUUUUUCAUUUUUUUAUUUUUGCAUCAUGCCCACUGUCUUUUGUCUCUAGGAGUUAUUUAUUAAAAUAAACAACCCAAAACACUGGA